UGAUCCACAGAGUUCUCGGGCACUCUGUCUCAGUUUGCAGCACUCGCUCUGAAGGCAGAGGAGCUGAACAGUUUGAAGGACAUAAUAGAAAAACGCAAAAACCCAGGAGAGCUCACGGCGGGUCCUCUCGAGCUUUGCGCGCAGCACUCCCGAGCAGGAGACGGAACGCUUUGCCAAAAAGAACAACGGGAAAACUAAAAACACCAUGGAAGACAAAUCGAAUUCGUUCUCCAGCAACAAGGAGGAGAAGGCGGAUGGGAAUAAUGUUUUUCAGAGGCAAGACUCGAUACAGAAAAAUAACACGGGGAGCCAGAACAUGAAGGACCACGGCAACUCUGUGGGCUUCAAGGGGGAGCGGGAAGAGGCCAUGGCCGGUUUUGACGAUCUGGACGAGGAGGACAGGCAACAUGGUUUUAUGCAGAGGCAAUUUGGGGCCAUGAUGCAGCCCGGAGUGAAUAAGUUCUCCUUGCGUAUGUUCGGCAGUCAGAAAGCCGUGGAGAAGGAGCAAGAGAGGGUGCAAACGGCCGGAUACUGGAUCAUUCAUCCAUAUAGCGAUUUUAGGUUCUACUGGGACUUGAUAAUGCUCAUCAUGAUGAUGGGGAAUCUAAUCAUCAUUCCUGUGGGAAUAACCUUCUUCUCAGAGCAGACCACCACCACCUGGCUGGUCUUCAAUGUGGCCUCGGACACCAUCUUCCUGGUGGACUUGGUCAUGAACUUCAGAACUGGGAUCGUCAACGAGGAGAGCUCCGAGAUCAUACUCGACCCCAAGAUCAUCAAGAUGAAUUACCUGAAAAGCUGGUUUGUUGUGGACUUCCUCUCCUCCAUUCCAGUGGAUUAUAUAUUUUUAAUAGUGGAGAAAGGCUUUGAUUCGGAGGUUUAUAAAACAGCCCGUGCCCUGCGAAUCGUCCGCUUCACCAAGAUCCUCAGUCUUCUGCGUCUGUUGAGACUGUCCCGACUCAUCAGAUACAUACAUCAGUGGGAGGAGACUCAGUAUGUCAACACGCUGACAGUGGAGGUGUGA